UUCAUGCUCGUCCUCUUUGCUUUGACGGCUUUGACUUUGACCAACGUUGGCUUCGAGUUCGUUGGCUUUGACCAGUCCAGUGGCUUCGGCGAAUUUGUCGCUUGCUUGAUGCACGUGGUUGUACCCGGGGGUUUUGCGCUAGUCUGUACUGUCUGCCUACAUUAUAAGUUAAUUGCGAAACGCUAAUUCGAAAUAUUCUCAUAUCCACAUCGUUAAUUCUCAUUUGUGCGCUAGACAAAGUCUGAACGUUGACAAUGACAAAUGAAGACGAGCAACAGGACGUUUCCAGCAGCGUCUCACCCCUCGACGCGAAGAUCAUCAAGCAGAUUGAGUAUUACUUCGGCGACUUCAACCUGCCCCGUGACAAGUUUCUACGAGAGAAAGUCAAGCUUGAUGAAGGCUGGGUCCCCAUCGAGACAUUGCUGACCUUCAAUCGGCUCAAGAGCCUGACUGAAGAAGAGAGCAAAGUCGCAGAUGCCGUGCGCCAGUCCUCCCUGCUCGAGGUCAGCGACGACGGAAAGAAAGUACGUCGCAGCCCGGACAAGCCCCUCCCCGAGAGCACCACGGAGCGGCAGCAGAAGCUGGAUGAGCUGACGGUGUAUGCGAAGGGCUUCCCGGUCACGGCCACCAUGGACGAUUUGCUGGAGUUCUUUGGCCAGUUCGGCCGCUGCCUCAACGUCUUCAUGCGGCGCCUCCCCUCUUCCCGCAAGUUCAAGGGCUCGGUGUUCGCCACGUUCGAGAAGGAGGAAGACGCAAAGAGCUUUGUUAGUCAGGAGGGACUCAAGUACAACGAAGUGGAGCUGACGCGGUGCUUCAAGAAAGACCAUCAACAGGAGAAGAAGAAGGCGAGGGAGGCUCGGGCGGCGGAGAAAGCGCAGAAGCAACAGAAACAAGAGGAAGCUGCACAGGAGGAGGAGACGGAGAUAGUCCUGGGGUGCCUGCUGCGGCUCGGAGACCUGGGCGAGGGCACCAGCUGGGAGAGCAUCAAGCAGGCCCUGGCACCGUACGCCGAGGUGGCCUUCGUGGACUACGCCCGGGGUCGGACAGAGGCGGUGGUGCGCUUUGCGGAGGAGGGCUCGGCCCAGGCGGUGCUGGGCCAGCUGGGGGCCCUGGAGGAGCCCCUGACCAUCGACGGCACCCGGGUGACGACGAGCGUGCUCGAAGGGGACGAGGAAGCAGAGUACUGGAAGAAGCUGACUGCGGCCAAGAGGGAGAAGAAGGGCCGGACCAAGGGAGGACAGCGCGGGGCACAGGGCCAGAGGGGCCGGGGAGGGAGACAAGGCGGCAGAAGGGGUAGGGGUCAGGACAAGAACGAAGCCAAGCGAGGUGCGGCAGACAAACCAGCCGGCGACACACCCGCCAAGAAGGCCAAGACAGAAGAAGCCGCAGACUAGGCACCCCUCCGCCCAUUGUCAACCAUUCUUUGAUUUCAUUCAGCAUUUGUCAAAGAAUAAUACAUUUAUUUUCAUUGAAUCCUGCACAGUGUCCUUCGAGUGAUGCUCAGGACUGUCUAAUUGUUGGCCGAUUUCAUUGUGAACCUCGGCUGCAAUCUGUCUCCACCUUAGCAGUGAAGAUGCCCCCAGCCGAAGAUGCGAUUGCCUCAGUAGCCGAGAUCAGUGUUUGGCCUACCUGGCUAUUAAACCAUAUGUUGCUUAUGUGAAAGCACUGUGGAUUCCAGAGAAAUGCACAAUGAUACAAGUAAUUGUAAUGCUGCAAAAAAAUUUUUUUCUGUUUAGUUGCAGCAGGGUGGUGCGUUGAAAGUAUCAACUUUGUGUCGGUAAAAAUAAACUGGCUAAAUUAUGCUGUG